UUUCUUUAUAACGUAUUGAUAUAAUCUUUAAAAAAAUUAUUGAUCAAAGUAGAUCAUUUUAAAUGUUCUUUCAUUCUAUGUACGUUUCAAUAAAAAUCGUUAUUAUUCAAAACAUGACGAUAAGAUGACUAAAGGCAGCAUUAAAAACAAAAGCGAUAUAUCAAGGUCGAGAUUUCUUCAUUACAUUAUAUAGAUCGAUUUUCAAAAUAUACUUUUCUGUAAUAUACAAUAACGAAUAAAAAUACGUUAAAUAAAACUGGAUAUAUCCUUAAUAUAAUAAUUCUCUUACUAAAUUUAUGGUAUAACCAUGUUAACUCUAUAUUCAAACUCUAUCCUUAUCGAAUCGCUUCGUCCGUUGAGGGCGACCUGCACGGUUCAGAUGGGUUUUUCCACCCCUACCUCUUCUAUGGAAGCUCCAAUCGUCUUCAGCCAAUAGCACGACGACGGUCACAAAUUAUUUCUCAAGCGCGCAACACGGCUAUGUCAGUUAAUACCAGAACAGUGUACGCGAGGGAUCGACACUAAUACACGCUACUCGUCGUUUCUACAAGUUCUUUUUUUCUCUUCUCUUAUUUGAAGAAACGUCAAUAGAUUCACACUUUCGGCAUAACCAAUCGAUCUCAAAAAAGAGAAGGAAAAGGUACACGUGUGCAUCGUUGGAUUAACGUUUAACGUUUUUAUUACUUUCUUUGAAAGUGUACGAAGACGCAAGUGACGUUGCGACGACGACGCAACGACGACGUGCGUAUACGAACGAGCGAUGUCUUACGAAUAAGCACGAACACGACCGAGCGGCGUUCUACGAGUAGGCACGAAUACGACCGAGCUUGGCCGAACGAGAUAGAGCGAAGAAUGCUACGAAGGCGAGUGAACGAAACAGAUACUGAAGAUCCUUAAAACAGUGGUGGCAGCUGUUUGAGGCAGUACGGAGAUCGAAGGGCAUCGUCCGAGUUAUACGGAUCGGUGCGUCCUAAGCGAACGACUACGACGACAUUAAUUAUAUACGUAUAACCCGACGCACGAUAAUCGUUCGUGCGAAAAACGAAUAAUCAUCAGUUCUUUCGAAAUUUCAUCACAGAGUUCUUUUUCUUUUUUCUGAUCUUAUACUUUUUUUUCGUGUGUGAGACUGCGACUGUAAUAUUAACCAUAACGAAGUACACAUAAAUACAUAGAAAAACUUGCAUAUAUAUGUAUAUAUAUAUAACCACGUUGUAAACGCGUCGCGUGGUGUUAUUAGAACGAAGAAAAACGGGAGGAGGAAGGUUCAAGGUAUUAGCACGAAUAAAAGAGAGAACAAAAACGCAAGAUAAAAAUGUGGUACUCUUCGUCGGGGAGGAAUGCUGAACAGACAGAACAUCGGGAUAAUGUUGCAGACAAUAUCACUGAGGAAAAGUGGCAGAAAGAACGAGAGGACUCCGGUCGCAUUGAUUCUGGAUUUCUUUCCGGUGGAAAUCUACAGAUUAGUUCCGAACUCGAUUGCUCGGAUUUGGACGUUAUACCGGAUAUUGGUGCUGUUGCGCCGGAACCAAUGAGAGCGGAUAGUGGAGUAGAUCUCGGUCUCAGCGAGAGCUUGAGCCAGUUAACGUUAAAGCAAGUAACUUUGAAUCCUUUGGCGAGUGGGAAGGUACAAACUGAGCCCACCAUUGAACUUGUACCUCUCGCUGAUCAUAAAAUCGGUAUUCUUGAACAACAACAAUUGCCUCAAGGAGUCAAAGUUCCGAUCAUUGAGAAAAAUGUCGGAACGUCUGAAAAUCACGAAAAGAGAAUCAAUAACGAUGAACCUUGGCAGCUUUACUACACUCAGGACGAUGAAGGAGACACACAGCUACAUAUCGCAAUCGUUCAAGGGUUUUUGGAGGCCGCGUUCAGUCUCAUUAGGAUGGCACCUCAUCCGUGCUUGCUCGAUAUCUUGAAUGACGACGGUCAAUCACCAUUACACUUGGCCGUGUUAACGCGUCAACCGAGAAUCGUUAGACGUUUAAUAUUGGCAGGUGCAAAUCCAUCCCUGAGAAAUUUCCGUGGUAACACGGCACUUCAUUUAACAUGCGAGACCGGCGAUUUGAGUUGCGCCAAGGCUUUAACCGAUCCCUUGUCUCCGGUCGAAAGAAAUUAUCUUCUACUUGGAAAGAAGAUACCACCAGCACUGCCGCAAAAUUUAGAACAACGAAACUACGAAGGAGAAAUGUGUUUGCAUAUAGCCGCUUCCGGUGGUCAGGUUGAACUGGUACGUUUGUUGGUCAGACUUGGCGCUGAUCUUGAGGCACGCGAAGCACUUUCAGGCAAGACUGCCCUUCAUUUAGCCGUCGAACGUGGCUGCCGAUCUGUGGUAUCCUUUCUACUGCAUGAAUGCAGACCUUGCUUGGAUACGCCAACGUACGCGGGUAUUACCGUUUAUCAGUAUGCUCUUUGCUUCGAUGGACAACUUGCUAGGGAACUCGUUAGACUGGGUGCCACUCCAGAGCCUCUUCCCGAGACCGAUUCCGACGAAAGCGAUGACGAGGAUGGACCAGCUAACGAUUAUCUACCCUCGAUAACAAGGCUCAAACAACAAAACGUUGUUGGCGUAAGGGUAUAAAAGAAAACGAGGAGGAGCGAAGGAAUGAAAUGAUAAAGUGGAAUUAUUAUUAUUAUUUUUUUUUUGUUCUUUUUUCAAGAAGAUAGUAGAUCUGCAUGUUGCAAUUAUCGAAACAUAUAUAUGUUUAUAUCCUCAAUCUUAGGAUACAUAUUAUACAGAAAAAAAAAACUAUAUAUACGUAUAGUUUUUUUUUCCUUUUUUCUUUCUUUUCUUUUUUUUUUUUUUUUCUUUUUUGUUAAGUUAUUUUUAAUAUAUAUUAUCAACUUUUCAUAAAGGCUAACCUAACAUACAAAAAAGGAAACUUAUCUUUUUAAAACAAAUGAAACGAAAUUCCUCUGCUAACAGUGAAGUUUCAUUAAUUACGAUUUUGUCAUUUCUUCUUUUUUUUUUUUUUCUUUUUUUUUUUUUUUUUUUUUUUUUUUUUUUCAUUAAAAGAAUCAGCUCUUUUGUCCCAUUUAAUGAGAAUACAAUUUAGGUCGAUAGCUUUUUCCGGCAAAACACUUAAUGUUAGCUAUGUAUAUAACACUAAUGUGAGCUAUCCCAUGUAUAUAGUCUCUAUUUCCCAUAGAUUUGCUCACAUUUGAAUUUUCUUUCCCUCGUUCGUUUGCUUCAUACGUUGUCGAAUUUUUUCAUAGUUAUAUCUCGUAAAUUCUCUUUUCAAUUAUAUAUUUUUAUGUUUGUCAUAUAGACGUCGAAGACGCUUAAUCUUUUUGAAAUAUUCAAUGAGGUUGUUUUUAAUGAGAAGUAAGAGAUGACGUUGAAACGAUCAUUAUUUCCUUGCAACUAAAUCUACUACCUAACUAAUCUACCUCCUUCUUUUCAUGUACCUUAUCAUUUUUAUUUAUUUAUUUUUUUCUUUUUUCUGAUUAAGUUCGAACCCUUUCUUGUCUAAAUAUUUCUCCAAUCUCAUCAUGGUUCCUUUAAUUCUCCCUUUGUCAUCGAUCAAUAUUACUAUGUCGUUUGCAUAGGUCAGAGUUCAUAUCUUUUUUUUUUUUCUUUAUCUUUAUUUCAACCUACCUGACUCACUUUGUUUUCUCUUCGAAAUCCCUACCUUCAAUCCCUUAGCUAUCCAGAAGCUUUCUCCUCUUCCCCCCCCCUCUCUUUCUAUUUAUCUCGUCGUUUUCAACCUUCUUUUCGUUUCAUUGUAAACUUCCUUUAGUCUUACUCUCAGACUCUUCUUUUUUUCCAUCGUAUUCUUAUUUACUACAUACUCCUAUGUAGAAGAAAUAAUGGUCUUGAAUUUGUUUAUAUAAACGAUCAAUGACAGAUCGUCCGUGCUAUGCAUUACUUUGCAUUACAUUAAUGAUCUCUCCAUUCUUCGUUGAACGUUCAACCUUUUUUUUAAAUGUACUAUCUUGACUUUGAGUUUGGUUUGAAUAAUUCAAUUAGCUUACGAUUUUUUUUCUUUUCUUUUUUUCUUUUUCUUUCUUUUUUUUUUUCAUUUUUACUUUCACGACAAUACAUUUGUAUAUGUAUAUGUAUAUUACAUAAUGUAAGAUAUGCUACGAAAAUUUUCGGCAAUUGAGGAAUUAAUAAGUGUAGAUAUAUAAGUGUGAAGAGAGAAAGAGAGAGAGAGUGUAUGAGUGAAUGAAUAUGUGUAUAGAUAUGUAAUGUAUACAUUGACCCUAUAUAGCGUUACAAACUAUUUUUGCCGGAAUUAUUACAGUUAUUGAUUCUUUACAGUUUAUUCUUUACAUUCUAUGGUACAAAAGGACUAAAUCAUUUAAUGAAUAUUUAUUAUGAAAUAUAUCAAAAAUUAAAAAAAAAAAAAAAGAAAAGAGAAAAAGAAUCGAUUCACUAUUCUAUGUCUCCCUUUAUUUUUAUCACCAAAGGUUCGUUCUUCUAACUAAUGAAAUAAGAAAUAUCAAUUCGACGUUGCUGCUGCUGCUCCUCGCAAUCUCUUCUAUUUUUGCGUGAAUUUCUUUGUAUAUCCCACACAAAAAGAUAACAUAAAUUCGAUUCGAUAUGUAUGUACGUUCAAUUGGAAUAAUGUUAAUCAAGUAUCUAUUAUCAUUAGGUAAAUUAGUGUACAUAGUUAUUUAUGUGUUUAGUAGCUCAUAUAGAACAUUAUAUUUAAGUAUGAUAUUUGUGAACGAUGUAUUUUCGUCGAUUCGUUUACUCUUAACGUGGCCUUAGCGAUGCCUGAAGAAAGUUAUCUUCGUAGAUUAUUAUAUCAGUUAUAUUCAUCGUUCCCAUUGUACAUAUAAUUCUAUUUUUCUUUUUAGAAUCGUUAAAUAGAUUAUUUACUAGAAAUUUUAUCAAAAAAAAAAAGAAUGAAAAAUGAAGAAGAAAAAAAGAAAAAAAGAAAAAAAGAAAAAAGAGAGAAAGAGAGAAAAUGGUAAUUUUACCGUAUAUAACAUACAGACUAUUAUUAAAUAACGUCCAUAAUUAUUUUUUAGUAAUAAAAGCCCUUCGGGGUUCUAUAUAAUCA